AUGGGACAAGGAGCAUGGAGGGACUUGGCACAUGGAAGCAGCUCAACUGGAUACGCAAAGGAAGAAGGGAGAAGCCAUCUUGAAGACCAGCUCGACCGUCCACUCGACCAACCGAGUUCCUCAACUCGACCGGCCAAGCUUCAACUCGAUCGAGCUGGGGAAGUCAAAGUCAAACCCGAAAAAUGUUGCUUCCCCCUUGAUUU